AUGAACCCCUUUUACUACCCUUGGCUAGGACCUGUGUUUCCUGGAGGACAGCUUCAGGGCCAGGAAUUAUGCCAUUAUAAUUAUGUACACAACAGCAAUAACAACAACAACAGUAGCAGCAGUAGUAGCAGCAGUAGCAACAAUAUUAAUAUUAACAGUAAUAAUAUUUAUUCUGCAAAUGAGCCAAUUUGUGGCAGUUUCAAUCAAGAACAGAUCAAUGUGGACACAAACUUUGAGGACCUGCAAUAUUCCACCGAAUCCUCCUUGAUGUCCCUGAAUAUAAACAAUUGGCAAGCAUCCCCUAAUUCUUUGAACUCGUCAGCAGAAUCGAGUUCUUUGGCUAUACUGGACCACUUUGAGUACAAUCCACCGGGCUAUGACAUUAAGCCAGAAGUCUUGGAUUCCCAAGUUGUCCCUGAAGACUCUCCCUCGUCCCAGUUUAGCAGAUCGUCAAAUGAAAGACCUCAAAGGCGUUAUGUACCACUUUCUGCUGGGAAGAAUAGUAAGAAACGAACUUUGGAUGAUAUGAACGAAGAGUAUUCCACCCAGGCAACAGACACCCAAUCGACUGCUACGAUGAGUUCUUCGUCCCAACUUGGCAGCUUGGGGAUGCCUGGUAGCUGUAACAGAAGGGUUGGGUUGUUUACUGAAGCACAGGCCAAAUCUGUUGCACGAUAUUUACGACUUUUAGAAAUUAUAUAUGCAGCCAUUGCAUCUGAUACUGUCAUUACAAAGCGUGACAUAUUUUAUAGAGAUGUGACCCUUUUCGGCGGUCAGAAUUAUAUCGACAGGAUGGUGGACAACAUAUGCUACUAUUUCAAUACCCCUCGGUCCAGUCUUCAUAUUGCAAGUACUGCUUCUUCUAAAGGUCUUGUUUGUGGUCCUAUCACUAUUACUCUUAAAAACGGCAAACGAAUCAAUUGUAAAUAUUCAAAGAAGUCAAAUUCUGGGCAUGAGGAUCAUCAAGGAUGUCUUGUUCCAAGCUUUAGUCAAAUUACUAAAAUUGAACUAAAUGCCAAAUUUGUGAUUGUUGUGGAGAAAGAAGAUAUUUCUACAAGGCAUAUAGUCAAGCACAUCUCGGUAAACUUUACAGGCAUACCAAUUAUGGCGCUUAUGGAUAAUGAUCCCCAUGGCUUGGAAAUUUACUCUGUUUACAGAUGGGGGAGUCUGAGUCAAGCAUUUGAUACUGCAAACCUUGCUCCACUCACAAAGGCAGACAGAGAUAAAGCACGAGGCAUAAUUACUAUGCGAGAGAAAUUCUUUGGAUCACCCAAAGGAUUUUGGUCAGAUGAAUGCCCACAAAGAAACUCAAAGAGUUACAAGGAGUUCAUAAAAGAGCUGUGUGCCAUACUUCACAUAAACAUGAAGUGCGAGCUACAGGGUCUUUGUGUAGCAGGAGGUCCGUUUGCCAUGCCUCGCUACGUUGAAAAAUGCCUAGAAAAAUUCAAGACUUCUUAA